CAGGACAAAGCUCAAGGCCACCAAAAAGAUUGAAGGGGACUUCAAAGUUCAGUAUGCAAGCCUCAGGGACUAUGUCAUGGAACUGCACAGGACCAAUCCAGGUACAACAGUUAAAUUUGUUGUUGAGCCUGAGUGUAACCCACAUGCACCCACAAGGAUCUUCAAGAGGAUUUACAUUUGUUUGGGACCACUGAAAGAAGGGUUUAAAGAGUGUAGGAGGGAACUGUUGGGGUUAGAUGGGGCAUUUAUGAAAGGCCCCUACCCUGGUCAGAUGCUAACAGCAGUUGGUUUAGAUCCCAACAAUGGCAUUUAUCCUUUAGCUUAUGGAAUUGUUGAGGCUGAGAACAAAGACUCCUGGAUCUGGUUCCUACAGUGUAUUAAAGAUGACUUGGAUCUUCCAGAUAAUGCAAAUUUCACCUUCAUUUCUGACAGGCAAAAGGGAAUAAUACCAGCCAUAAGUCAGGUAUUUCCAGCAGCUGAGCAUAGAUUUUGUGCAAGGCAUAUUUGGCAGAACAUGAAACUUCAAUGGAGAGGAGAUGCCUUCAAGGAUUGUCUUCAAAAUGCAUCCAAAGCUUAUACAGUUCCAGAUUUUGAAGCAAAAAUGGAGGAGUUGAGGUUGUACAACAUUGAAGCUUAUAAUUGGUUGGCAAGUAUUCCACCCAUUCACUGGAGCAGGUCUCAUUUUACAGGUAGGGCACAAUCUGAUGUGGUGCUGAACAACAUGUGUGAAGUCUUGAAUGCAAGGACAGUCAAUGGUCGAGACAAGCCUAUAAUUUCUGCUUUGGAGUUUGUCAGAGAGUAUCUAAUGCAGAGGAUAAUGAAUGUCAUCAGGAAGAUUCGGCAGACAAAUGGUCCACUUACUCCUAGAGUUGCAAAGAUCUUUGAAAACACAAAGAAAUUAGCUGCAAAUUAUAAUGUUAGGUGGAGUGGUGGGACAAAGUAUCAAGUCAGUGGUAAGGUCACAGUGGAUGGUGCUGCAACACAUAAACAGUAUGUUGUGGAUGUUGUGGAUAGGGUUUGCACUUGUAGAGAAUGGGAAGUUUCAGGAAUCCCUUGUAGGCAUGCUGUGGCUGUCAAUUGGGACAUGGCAAUGAAUGGCCAAGAGGUUGGACCCCCAGAAUCAUGGGUUAAUGAAUGUUAUUAUCUUGAAACAUGGAAGAGGGUUUACAGUCAUACCAUUGGUCCCAUUAAUGGUAGAGAAUUAUGGCCAAAAUCACAGGUUCCAACCAACCUAACCCCACCUCUGCACCACACACCUAUCGGCAGACCUAAGAAGAAAAGAAGGAAGGAUGCUGUGGAGUUGCAGGAUGAAGUUGAAAGGGCUUCACAAGCAAGAAACAAGGGAAACAGGGCUGCUGAAGCUGAUAACGAGCAGGCUGUGGUUGGUGGCAAAUUCACAAGAAAAUGGAAGUCCGUGAAGUGCCAGAAGUGUGGUGAAAAGGGCCACAACCAAAGAACUUGUGGAAGGACCAAAACAGUUGCCGGGCCGAAGAAAGGGAAGAAAGGUAAGAAGAAGAAAGAUGGUAAUCAACCUACUGAGGCUGGUGAGGGAGCUCCAACUGUUUAAGGGUUAUGGUUCUUCGGGUUGUCGGGUUAUGGUUUUUGGGUUGUCUUAAGGGUUAUGGUUCUUUUGGGUUGUCUUAAAACAGUUAUGCAGUCUUUUGUGUCUCUUUAACCUGUUAAAACACUAUGACAAUUAUCAUGUAUGGUUGGAUGUUUAAUGUUCAGUCGUUUAAAGUUUA